AUGGCCGGCCUCCUCUCCCGUGACGUCGACGUCGCCUCCUCCUUCAACAACUCGAUCGAGUCGCUCACACGCGAUGUCUACGUGAAACCGUUGCACUCCCACAACGACUACUGGAGACACGACCCCCUCAUCGAUGCCGUUAAAGUCGGGGCCCAGCUGAUCGAAGCCGACGUGUUUGUCUUCACCGAAGGCUAUACGCUUACCCAGACGCUUCCUGGCGGUAAAACGCAGGACACCAAGUUCGGCACCGACGACAUCUACGUCGGCCACAACCAGGUGUUUUUGAAGCCCGAGAACACGUUGAACGCGUUGUACCUCGACAACUUGUACAAUUGGCUCGAGUUCUCCAAUCCUAAGUUCACGCCUAACAUCACCCUUGUCGAAGCCCACGAUACCAAGUACUCAAUCUGGUGGAACCAGCCGGAGGAACCGGUAUACCUCUGGCUCGACUUCAAGACCCAAGGGAACGACACCUACCCCAGCGUCAAGAAGUACUUCCAGCGGUUUAUCGACGAGGACUACUUGGCUUACUACGACACCGAGCAGCAGAAGCACGUGCCUGGCCCCGUCAUCGUCACCAUCACCGGCAACUUGCCCACCGAGCUAGUGAAGGCCGACUCCAAGCGGUACUUCUACCUCGACGCCCCAUUGGCCAACCUCACCCUGGACGACUGGGGCAACCUCAGUCGGGUGGCGCUGGGGCUGUUGGAACUGGUGCUUGACCAACAGAGCUACAAGAGUGCCCAGAUUCUGGACUUCAGCGACGACGACAAGAAGCAAUUGAAGGACGCGUUUGACAACGCCCACAGCAAGGGGCUCAAGACCCGGGUGUGGGGCGACAUCACCUGGCCCAACCUGGUGCUCGACUCGCACUUGCGGGACAUCUUCCUGUUGGGCGGUGACUUUUUGAAUGUCGACAACUUGACCCACGCUGCCACGCUUCUUUAG